GGCCGGCCGCGCCGGGGGCCGCCGCCGCUCGCGCCGCCGGCCGGGCAUGAGUUAGUCGGCGACAUGGACACCAAACAUUUCCUGCCGCUCGACUUCUCCACCCAGGUGAACUCCUCGUCCCUCAGCUCCCCGACCGGGCGGGGCUCCAUGGCCGCCCCCUCGCUGCACCCCUCCCUGGGGGCUGGCAUCGGCUCUUCGCUGGGCUCGCCGGGGCAGCUGCACUCGCCCAUCAGCACGCUGAGUUCCCCCAUCAAUGGCAUGGGCCCACCCUUCUCGGUCAUCAGCUCCCCCAUGGGCCCCCACUCCAUGUCGGUGCCCACCACGCCCCCCCUGGGCUUUGGCACUGGCAGCCCCCAGCUCAGCUCGCCCAUGAACCCCGUCAGCAGCAGCGAGGACAUCAAGCCCCCACUGGGCCUCAAUGGAGUGCUCAAAGUCCCUGCCCACCCCUCGGGAAACAUGGCGUCCUUCACCAAGCAUAUCUGUGCCAUCUGCGGGGACCGCUCCUCAGGCAAGCACUACGGUGUAUACAGCUGUGAGGGCUGCAAGGGCUUCUUCAAACGGACGGUGCGUAAGGACCUGACCUACACCUGCCGCGACAACAAAGACUGCCUGAUCGACAAGCGCCAGCGGAACCGGUGCCAGUAUUGCCGCUACCAGAAGUGCCUGGCCAUGGGCAUGAAGCGGGAAGCUGUGCAGGAGGAGCGACAGCGGGGCAAGGACCGGAACGAGAAUGAGGUGGAGUCCACCAGUAGUGCCAACGAGGACAUGCCCGUGGAGAAGAUCCUGGAGGCUGAGCUGGCCGUGGAGCCCAAGACCGAGACCUAUGUGGAGGCAAACAUGGGGCUGAACCCCAGCUCGCCCAACGACCCUGUCACCAACAUCUGCCAAGCUGCGGACAAACAGCUCUUCACCCUUGUGGAGUGGGCCAAGCGGAUCCCGCACUUCUCUGAGCUGCCGCUGGAUGACCAAGUCAUCCUGCUGCGGGCAGGCUGGAACGAGCUGCUCAUCGCCUCCUUCUCGCACCGGUCCAUAGCCGUGAAGGACGGGAUCCUCCUGGCCACCGGGCUGCACGUCCACCGGAACAGCGCCCACAGCGCAGGGGUGGGCGCCAUCUUUGACAGGGUGCUGACGGAGCUCGUGUCCAAGAUGCGGGACAUGCAGAUGGACAAGACGGAGCUGGGCUGCCUGCGCGCCAUCGUCCUCUUCAACCCCGACUCCAAGGGACUCUCAAACCCAGCCGAGGUGGAGGCGCUGAGGGAGAAGGUGUACGCGUCCCUGGAGGCCUACUGCAAACACAAGUACCCAGAGCAGCCGGGACGGUUCGCCAAGCUCCUGCUGCGCCUGCCCGCCCUGCGCUCCAUCGGGCUCAAGUGCCUGGAACACCUGUUCUUCUUCAAGCUCAUCGGGGACACGCCCAUCGACACCUUCCUCAUGGAGAUGCUGGAAGCCCCACACCAAAUGACUUAGGCCCGUCCUUCGCGCCCGCCUGCUCCGGCCGCCUGCCUGGACUCCAGCUGCUCUUCUCGGCCUGUCCCUGCCCUCCCUGCCUGGCCUUUGUGGACCUCUGGGGUGCGGCCUGUGACUGCUCUGCCUGCGAGAUGCAUUGUUGUCCUCGUGAUUUUUAUUACUACUUGUCUUUGGCCCAGGACAGUGGCUUUCUUGGGCGGCAGCCGGAUUGGCAAGAACUGGUGUGACCCAGCCAGGCCUCUCCCCAUCAAGCUCACCGUAGGGGGGCUCAAGGCAGCUCACAGGGGUCUUGUGGCCCCCAGCUGUAGAGCUGCAGGAGCGGGAAAGAGGCUUUGUCCUGGCUGCUGUUGGUUGCUGGUUUCACAUCUCCCCAGCGGCUCUCUGUUUGGAGUGACCUGUCUUCGCCUGCUCUGAGUGCUGGUGCCCGCCAGCCUGUGAGAGCCCCACCCUGUGUCAGGAGGAGGGGCAGGGGGGAGCAGGCUGGUGUUUCAUGGCAAGAGCCCCACCCGCCCUGGGACAGCGGGAGGGGAGUCAGCACAAGCCAGGUUCCCUUUGCUCAGAGUGAAGGUAGAACAGCCCAUUUUCCAAAGAUAGCUCGCGGCUUCAUCCCAAGCAGUGAGAACGUGAGCUGACCUCUGUGCAGGGUUUGGGCCACCUCAAGGCUGCGGGGACAGGGUCACUCACUCGCCCACCUCAGUUUCUCUGCGUUCUUGUCCUGGUUUCAGCUUCUCCCUGCCAUGUGCUCCUGUUCAACCCAGGGUGCCCAGACCGUGGUGCCCUGGCCUCUGCCCCACCCACAUCUUCUCUUUCGGUCUGAGGUGGACCAGGGCUAGCUUGGUUCCUGGAGGGCUAGCCCAGUCUCGGGCAGGGUCAUGUGUUGUCGCCCCAGUGGUCUUGCUGGAAGCACAUGGCCAUUCUCACAUGGGCUCUGAUGACCCCUCAGCAGAUGUCGGCUAUCAGGAAGGCCUGAAGGGCGGGGAGGGGAGAGGGUGGCUGGCCGGUUUCCCUCAGAAGGAGGCAGGGGGCCUGCCAUGUGGCAGGAGCAGACGUGGCUGCGUCCUGGUAGAGGCUUCUGGGCCACCCCAGAGUGGCUGACUCACUGGGCGCUGGGUAAGACCCCUGCUCAGGCCACUUUCUCUGGCUGGCUGGCUCUGUCUGGAAGAAUUUUGGACUCUAAGAGCCAUGGAGGCCCAGUGUCCUCAGGCCUGGGGCUACAGGUCCUCUUGGGACCACCCAGCCCAGCUGGUCUGUGGAUGACAUCGUUCACCCAGAGCCUUACGUGGGAGUCCAAGCAGCACCCGCUGUGGCUGAGGGAGCUCUGCGGCCGGCACGGCCUGCACGUUCUGCUCUGGUGGUGCAGGCGCUCUCAGGUUGAACACGCCUCUUUGCACUGUCAGGCCCUCCCUCCGGCCUGAGUACCUUCCAUGUUCACGUCUCAGACCCACGGGCUCAGCAUCUGUCAGCAGCAGGUGCCCGAAUGGGGGUGGGCAGCGGGGCAUUGCCAGGAAGGGUUUUGUCUUCCCAGGAGCGGUGCUGGAACGGGGGCGUGCGGGGUGCCUCUCAUGGGGUCUUCCUCAGUGCGGAAAGGGUGUUGUGCAGGGGUUGGGCGGGGAGGCAUCCAGGAAAGGCAGCUUUCCAGGCUUCUGGGGAAGAAAGUGCCCAUUCUUUGCCUUCCGGGAGUCCCUAGUCAGAGCCGAGCUGGGGCACCUGGAGGAAACUGCGGUUGUCUGCUUGAGACAGAGGCUGUCAAGUCUCCAGAAACAUCUCCCUCCCUUCCCCCCCACCCCUGCCUUUCAGCGUGCUGGCUGGGGAGAGGUGUCCCCUGCCUGGUCUGCCGUCCCGAGGCAGAGGUGGUGCACAGGUGAGCCCCACAGCUGUACCAGGGCCCUCGCCAGCUCUUCCUCCUCCCAGACUCUACCAGAAAGUCUGGGCAGCCUCUGGGGUGUGGUGGUAACAGGCAGAGUUGACGUGGGCCCUCUUGGGUCCCCUGGUUGUGGGAGCCAUUGAGAUCCACACCCAACACCUCGUGCCUUCUGCAGCCAAAUGCACCCUUUGUUCACACCCGGUCCCGGCCAUACGUGGUUCCCCAUGUGCUCCUCAGGGCCCUCAGAGGAACAUCAGUGGCUCCAGAGGAGGAAACCCAGGGACAGGGGCUUCCGUUGCAGGGGUCAGCUGCUUCUUGGGAAGUUUCCUGCCAUGGCUGCCUGUUAAGCACUGAGCCUCCCGGGCCACCCCCUCCUGAAACCAGAGUCCCCAUCCCUCUGGCCCCAUAGCCUUAACUACCACCCCCGCCACCCAUGUUGUCUCAGCCUCAUCCUGAGGGCUCCCGCCCCUUGUCAUUAGUUUCCUUGUUGUCAUCACUAUAUGUGUGACGCUGUUUGUUUGAAAAGGUGAUAUGUGGGGAGUCGCACAUUACUCAGUAGAGGUAGGAUUCUUAUUUAACCAGACCAUUAGUAGUAUUACCAAUCUGGCUCAAUUAAGGUGAUUUUUUUUGUAAUUAUUAUUAUUAUUAUUUUGGUGGGACAAUCUUUAAUUUUCUAAAGAUAGCACUAACACCAGUUCGUUAGCCGCCCCGUGCCCGUUCCCGCCUCGGCCCGGCUGGGCGAGUACUGCCACCGAGGCUGCCUCUCCGCAGCGCCGCUUCCCGGGCCAGCCCCGUCCUGCAGGCACAUCCUCGGCUCUGUCACCUCCCUGCUUUGACGUGCACACGGGGCUGCCAUGGCUGAGGAGUGAGGAUGACCACAAAGCCAGGCUCCUGCUUGGUCCCACUCAGGAAGCUUUCGGAAGCUGGCCUGCCCGGGGACAUUUCACCCAGAUGGGCCCCACGUCAGCGGCUGGCCCUCAUCACCCUGGAAGCACAUGGUCUCUGGGAAAGAUGGCCCCACACCUUUGGUUUUCCAAGUAUGGCGUUCCCAAGGAUUCCAGCUUGGUGGCCUGGUGGCAGAGUCUGGAGACCACCCCUCAGCCCCCUCCCUGUGGGGGUCCCCAGGAGGGCCCGGCCGGAGUGAGCAGCCAGUGGGUAAUGAGCUGAUGUUGUCCCCAUCAUGGAAUUGGGGCUCACGACCUGGUUCCCGUCCACGCAGAUGUGUGGUGUAAACAUGUAUGUGCUGUACAGAGAGACGCUGUGUGUGGAGAGCAGGCGCCGCCGACGCAGGAGACGCGGAGCGGUUACCCAUGUUGUGUGUUUAUUUUUAAUCGAGAUUCCCCGUUUUCCUCUAAAUUUGCUUCAUGUAAGCAAGUACAUAAGGACCCCUCCUUGGGUGAAAUCUGGGUUCGAAUGAAUAUCUCAAGGCAAGGAGAUGCAUCUAUUUUAAGAUGCUUUGGAGCAGACAGCUUCGGCCGUUCCCAACCUUUAGCAUCGCCUUAGCUGGGACACAUAGCUAAUCCUUAGAGAGGACGACAGAUCCACAAAGGGUGAGGAUAAGAGAAAAUGUCUAAAGCAUUGGAAAAGGUAAAAAAAUCUAUUUUUGUACAAAUGUAAUUUUAUCCCUCAUGUAUACUUGGAUGGUGUGGGGGGCUGGGGGUCGGUUCUGUUUCUGUUUCUGGACGUUGGGCGAAGGCUUCCUGGGGGACACGGUCUGGCGUGGAGCCGCAGAGGAAGGGGCUCUCGUGACGUGGCCUGGAGGCUUUGAUCGAAACCGCUGCACGUGUUUUUUCCUUUGGGGCAGGAGGGUGGGCCUGAGACUUUCAAGGGUUUUCUUCCCCUUUCGAGUAAUUUUUACAGCCUUGCUCUGUUCUGUCCCCAUUGCUGGCCGGCCUUUCUGCGACUCUGACUGUGAAAUUACUUCCCUAUGUAAUUGUUCUCCAAAACAUCACGGCCACAGAUGCCAGGGUUUGACGAACAGCGGUGUUAGAUCGUGGAAAAGAAACACGAGAAGGAAGAAUGUGAGAAGAGAGACAGAUUACGAGUGUUUAAAAAUAAAUCGCCAUUCAGUGCUA